GAGAACCCAUAUUUGUGCAGCGAUGAGUGUGAUGCCUCCAACCCAGACUUGGCUCACCCUCCUCAGCUGAUGCAGGACCGUGAACGCAAUGGCCUCAUCACCUACUGGCAGACGGUGACCUGGGGUCGACAUCCAGAGCCCCUACUCGCCAACAUCACCAUGUCUUGGAACAAGAGUCUGGAGCUCACAGACGACAUCCAGAUCACGUUUGAAUAUGGCCGUCCCACAAUCAUGGUCCUGGAUAAGUCCAUGGACCACGGGCACUCCUGGCAACCCUUCCAGUUCUACGCUGACGACUGCCAAGACGCCUUCAACAUGCAGCCCAAACGAGUGCGUGACCUCUCACCCACAAACCUGACACGGGUCAUUUGCACUGAGCAGUACUCGCGCUGGGUCGGCUCCAAGAACGAUAAGAACGUGAAGUUCGAGGUGAGGGAGCGCUUUGCUCUGUUUGCAGGCCCCCGUCUGCAGAACAUGGACAACCUGUACACCCGCAUGGAAAGUAUGAAGGGACUGAGGGACUUCUUUACCUUCACCAACCUGAGGAUGAGGCUGCUACGGCCUGCGCUCGGAGGCACCUACGUCCAGAGAGACAACCUGCUCAAGUACUUCUACGCAAUCUCCAACAUUGAGGUUCCUGCCAGGUGUAAGUGUAACCUCCACGCCUCCCAGUGCCUGCUGACUGAGGGGAACCUCCAGUGCCAGUGUGAACACAACACCACCGGGCAGGACUGCCAGAAAUGCAAGAAGGGCUUCAAAGCCAAGUCCUGGAAAGCAGGUUCCUACCUGCCUGCACCAACUGGAACCCCCAACACCUGUACAAUUGCUGGUUCCCCCUCCGGUUCUAAUAGGAAAGAGGGUGAGGAUGACGUUGAAGCUGAAACUGAAGCAACGUUCAUCUCCGAAGCUGAACUGUCGCCGGCCGUUACACACGAGCCUUUAAGUUCUCCUUUGGAAGAGGAUUCGGACCUCAAAGUCCCCGCGACUGAGGUUGGAAACUCACUUUUCAGUUCUCUGAACCCUCAUCAUCUUGAUAAAAGUGAAGACAGCAGAGCUCCAGCGCCAGAAAGCAGAUUUACAGAGGGCUCAGUCCCUCAAACGCACCACGCGUUACCCACCCGCACUUCAUCCGAGCCUCCGCUGGUUCCGACGGGACAAUCUGACACGCUUCCUGUCAGAACGGAGCUCCAUCCUCCUUCGUUGUCGUCUCCGCUGGGGGAGGACGGAGUUUCCCCGCCACGGGAGUUCACUCGUUCAGAAACGGUCCCUGAGCAUUCACAUCUGUCCCACCCUGUUCCAGAAGGUUCCUCUCAUCACUCUGUCACUAAUCAUCAUCAUCAUCACAUAGAAGAGCCUACUGUAAAAGUUCAGCAUCAUUCAAGCCUAACUGACGGAGUUUCCCACAAGUCUGUACAUGAGAGUCACGGACACAAGGCAACAAGCUCCACUGAGCAUGAGCGAGGCAGGGAGGAGGAGGAGGACGACGAAGAGGAAACAUCUAAAACGACAGGUGCCCACAGUCCAAAGCUGCAACACGAGACCCACGGCCACAAGCCAACAACUUUAUCUGAACACGAGGGGCGGCGCAGCGAGGCGGGGGGGCAUGCAGAGGCUAAAGACCUCCACAAAUCUGAAGACUACACACAUGAAACUCACGGCCACAAAAUACCCUCAUCCGCGCAUGGAGAGAAAGGGAAGCAAACAGAAAAUCAUGUUGAAAUUAAAGACCCCAAUGCAUCUAAACAUGAAACUCAUGGACACGCAAAAAAAAUCUCCUCUGGGCAAGUGGAAGACGGUAAUGAGGCUGAGAAGACAGUUUCCCACAUGACGGAGGGACAUGUGCACGAGGCUCAUACAUCAACUGGAUUGUCUGAACAUGGUGAAGAGCAGCACACAAAGACAAAUCCUCACAAGACAGAGCGACACGGACAUGAGACGCAUGACCACAGAACAGCUUUACCUGAACACGAAGAGGGAACAAACACAAAGUCUCACACAGUUUCCCACAUGUUUGAGGGACACACACAUCAACCGCAUGGCCACGAAACACCCACUUCAUCCCAGUCGCAUGGAGAGAUAGUCCUUGAGCAUGAAGACAUAAAAGCUCACAGCAGUCAUGAAGAAAACAUACAUCAGGCUCAUGGUCAUGAAGCAGCAUCUGAACACAGAGCAGAGGGUGAAAAAUCCCCAGAAAGGCAAGUCUUCCACAACCACGAGAACCACGAACACAAAACAAGCUCAGUGGAAAAUAGGCAAGAGGAGACUAACAGAAUAGACACACAUGGGCACAUUAAACCAGCCGGUCACAGGCACGAGGAGCAUCCACACAGAACAGCUGAAGCUACAGUCUCCCACACAUCUGAGCAACAGCGUCAUGGAACGAAAGGCCACCACUCGUUUGAGGAACAUUCGCUGAAGCAUCAAACAUCAUCUCAUCAUGGAGAGGGCCACAUACAAACACAAGCUGAAAGGAAAGACCAGCACACAUCUGUGGAACAUGGACAUGUAAUUCAGAGCCAGACAUCAUCUCAGCAUGGAGAGGAGAGAAAAGCUGUGUCAACCCCUCACAAAUCCAAUGGACAUGUUCAUGAGACUCAUGGCCACCAAACGGCAACAGAUGAGCAAAGGCACAGUGAUACUCAGAAAGCAGUCUCCCAGAUGCAUGAGAGUCUCGCACAAGGCCACAAAACAGCAGCCUCACAUGGACAUGGAGAGGAGGGGCAUGGACACAAUAAAGUAGAAAGGACAGAUCCCCACAAGCCCAGUGGACACGUACAUGAUGCUCAUGGUCACAUAUCGGCAACCCCACAUGGGCGUGGAGAAGAGGGGCGCACACACACAAACACUGAAAGGACAGAUCCUCAUGAGUCUCAUACUGUUGUACAUCAUGGCCACAAAUCGACUACCUCACACGGACAUGGAGCGAUGGAGCACGCACACGCAAAAGUUGGAAGUACAGAUGCUCAUGUGUCUCACACCCAUGUGCAUCACGGUCAGAACCCCCCAGGCUCACACGGGCACGGAAAGACAGAGCUCUCCCACGGACGAGUUGAAGCGAUUGAAACGACAGAUCCUCCGGCGUCUCAUGGACACAGACAUGAGACGCACGGUCACAAAUCGGCAGCCUCACAUGGACACGGACAUGAGACGGACACACACAGAAAAGUUGAAGUGACAGGCCAUGACAAGUCCCUCGGACAUGAGGCUCAUGGCCACAGUUCAACAACCUCUCAUGGACACGGAGAGGAGGAGCACACACCCAGACAUGUUGAAAUGACAGAUGCUUCCAAGUCCCAUGGACAUGGACAAGAGAUUCAUGGCCACAAAUCAGAGCAUGGAGAGGCGCAGCAUAGCCCAGACCCUCAUAAGUCUGAAGAACAUGGCCACCAAUCCGCAUCAUUUGCACAUCCACAAAGUGGAGGGCACGGGGAAACUCACAGGACAGUCGCACAUGGUUUUGAGGAGCACGCACACAGCACUCACGGCCACAAAGCACCAAUCCCAUCGCGGCGCGGGGAGGACAGGGAGGACGCUCACGGCCACAGGAGGGCUGAAAAUGAAGAGCACAGUAUCGUUGUAAACCACGGGAGAGGAGGAGGUGGUCACGGAACCAUAAGGCACGGUGUUCGGAAAGAAGACGACGAGGACAAAGAAAGAAGGAAAAAGAAAGGGCUUCUGAAACUCCUGAUCUCAGGAGAGCCUCAGGUCAAACAGUUACUCGGGAUCAUAUAUGACAGUUUUAAAGGUAAGAGGCCGACAUUCUUAGCAUCGGGUCCGAAGGACAAGUAUUAUAUCUCGAUGUGCCUUCUGGAUUCUUUGGUGUUAAAGUUUGUGGGGAAAAAUUCCUUCGCCUUGCUCCAUCUUUUUCAUCUGUCCCUCUUUGUCCACUCCUUCCCUCUGCGCUCGCUCCCCUCUCAUGGCUGUGUUCACUUUGUGCUCACGAUUAAGGUAAGGAGAUGCACUUUGUGUUCAUGCUGCUGUUCAAACACCUGCUAGUUGUUCACAUUUAUUUUUUCUUUUCUGAAAGGGACGCUUGUUUGGAAAACGUGCAAUCGUCGCUUUAAACUCGCAACAGUUUUCUCUCACUGUGACCUUUCACUGUUAACCAUUCACAACUGAUAAAUACCAACAAACCAGCAUCUUGACUCAUAACGCUAAUUUGAGGAAGAAUGUCCCAUUGCCUUUCCAGUCUGGAAAGUAAUUGGCCAUUUAUAUUUAAUUAGGCAGGUCUCCCCUACUGCUUGCACGGUUCCCUCAGUGCUGAGAGAGGCACUUUAUGGUUCUCCUUGCGUUGGCUUCCUUUAAACCGGCUCAUUAAUAUUUUAGCUGGCAUCAUCAGCCGAACAAUAAUAAAAUAAUAAUGUGACGGCUGAUUAAACAGCUAAACUCCGACUUUUUAAUGUGCAUUUAAAUGUGUAUUUCCAUAAACAUGCCCGGUAAACGCCUCUUUAGAGGACAGUGAUGCCUUGCAGCACAUCACUGCAGCCAACUUCUGAAGCUUAAUAAAAGCUUAAUUAGGAAGUGGCCUCAGCCAAGAUAAUCAGCCAGCGUGGAGCAUCGCUGCUCCACCGACGGCUGCACCGCCUCUGCACAACGCAGGCACCUCUGUUCCUAAUGUCAUUAAUCUCUCUAUGAAGAGAAAUUAUUCCAAUCGUUACACAAUUUCACUUUUUUUUGUUGUUGUUGUUUCGGCUCGUGUUGCUGUGACGGACUGGCGACCUGCAAAGGG